UAGUCCGUCAUAUCGGACAGUCUGUAAAACUCGCGCGAGUCGUCACUACGUAAACGUUAGCGCGCAAAGUAUUUUUUUUUAAUUUAAACAUGUUAUUCUUAAUAACAGUGGCAGUGCUCCUGGCCAGUGCACAAGCUAAGUUCUACACGGAUUGUGGAUCACCACUGGCGAGCAUAGAGAAGAUAGAAGUGAGCGGAUGUAACGACGAUGCAAAGGAAUGUGUACUAAGAAGAAAUACUAAUGUCACCAUUUCGAUCGAAUUUACGCCAUCAAAAGAUAUCGACAGUUUGGUUACGGAAGUGCACGGUGUGAUCAUGAAUCUGCCAGUGCCAUUCCCUCUGCCUCAACCGAAUGCCUGUCAGGACACCGGUCUCAAGUGCCCCUUAAAGGCUGGGACAAAGGUUAGCUACAAAGCGACGCUGCCAGUCCUUAAAUCAUACCCCAAAGUUAAAGUAGACGUGAAAUGGGAACUAAAAACUGAAGAGGACGAAGAUGUUGUGUGCAUCCUGUUAUCGUCCAGGAUCAACUAGAUAUAUGCAAAUAUAUACAAAUAUGACAAAUAAAGUGAUAUCUUACAUCAAAUGUAUAACAA